GCUCAAUACAGACUGUGUGUGUAUCGGGCCCGCCCGCUCCAUUCUGCGCGCUGUGAGUGUGUGUAUGCCGGGCCCGCCCGCUCCAUUCUGCGCGCUGUGAGUGUGUGUGUAUGCCGCUCGGUGCGCUCCGUAUUGCGGGCAGUGUGUCUGUGGGUGCGAGCUGGGCUCUCUGUCUCUCCCCGCCUCCCUCCUCACGUGUCCCGGCAGGCGGGCGGGCGGCGGUGCGGGGCAGGCCGGGCAGGGAGCUCCUCACAUGACCCGUGUGUUUGUCCCCGUGAUCAGCUCCGUCAGGCCUCCCGCCUCCUCCCCGGGCCCCGGGCCCCGGCCCUGCACAGCCUGACCCGGGGGAGCGCCCGAGCCCCGACACAUGGACAUGCUGGAUCCGGGCCUCGACUCUACUGCCAGUCACGAUAAAGGGCAGGACACGGAAGACGUUAUUGAGUUACAUGAGGGAGAGGAGACCGCUCCAGACGAGCAUACAGCGGUGGCCAUAGCCACUGUUCAACAAGCUGCUUUUGCAGACCACAAUAUCCAAUACCAGUUCCGCACAGAGAAUAAUGGAGGACAGGUGACAUAUAGAGUUGUCCAGGUGACGGACAGUCAGCUGGAUGGACAGGGGGAUGCAGCAGGAGCGGUCAGCGUGGUUUCCACAGCUGCCUUUACUGGUGCUCAGCAAGCCGUGGCACAGGCAGUCAUCCAGAAUCCUUUCAGUAAUGGCGGAAGUCCUUCAACAGAUGCAGUCAGUGGAGAGGCCCGAUUUGCCUACUUCCCAGCUACUACCGUGAGCGACACAACAGCCGUGUCUGUACAGACAACUGAUCCUGCACUGGCACAGGCAGGAGGUCAAUUUUAUGUUAUGAUGACCCCUCAGGAUGUACUUCCAGCUGGAUCACAGCGGUCUAUUGCACCCCGGACGCACCCAUACUCUCCUAAAAUGGACGGAAACCGGACUCCUCGAGAUGAAAGGCGCAGAGCACAGCACAAUGAAGUGGAGCGGCGACGGAGAGAUAAGAUUAACAACUGGAUCGUCCAACUGUCCAAAAUCAUUCCAGACUGCAAUACAGAGACUAGUAAAACUUCAUCACAAAGUAAAGGUGGCAUCCUCUCCAAAGCAUGUGACUAUAUCCGGGAACUUCGACAGACAAACCAACGCAUGCAAGAAACUUACAAGGAGGCAGAGAGACUGCAGAUGGAUAAUGAGUUGCUACGACAACAGAUCGAAGACCAGAAGAAUGAGAAUACCUUACUGAGAGGACAACUGCAGCAGCAUGGCAUCGAUGUGGUAGAGGAGACCCAGAGGCAGUAACUGUCCACCUUUGCACCAUUUCUUUUUGAAGUAGGGUUUUUUGUUUGUUUUUCUUUUGUGGAAUGAAGAGGAGGAACAAGCCACAAGGAACCUUGAUAUCUACACCCUUCCAUCUGCCCCAUGUUCUCCCAGAACCCCAACUCACUUGCCACCUCCCUUCAUUUAACCCCUUCUAUCUCCUUUAAUUUUAUAGUGUCAAAGACCUUUUGCUUAUCCUUUUUGAAAUACUUUGAGGACAUUAAGGCACAAAUUCAGUGGUUGACAGCCACAGAUCUCCCCAGCAAGAGUGGAGAACCAUUCAAUUGACCCCUUUCACCUGGAACAUUAAGACAUUAAAAGUAUAUAGGGGCUGGUCCGUUGCCAGUGGGGCCUGUCCCAUAUCUCAACACAGUAUAUUGAAUGGCUGCCAGCCGAAGGCUAGAGAAUUUAAUUGCUUUCUUUCUUUUUGUUUUUUUCCUUGUGCAUAUAUAUAUAAUUUAUAUAUGUAGACGUAUGAACAAUAACAUACACUUUGACGAUAUCACACAACCUUUCCUUAUUCUGAAAUAUUUUUUUUAUUUUAUUUUUUCCUUUUUAAAAAUAUUUUUAAUCCUCCACAAUUUGUGGAAGGACAGAUGAUCGCAUACAAAUAAUCUGUUUACGCCAGAACUGUAUUUCCGAUAGGAACCGAGAGUCUAAAUCUGCACAGAAUGAUGUUUUUAGUUACAGGUUGUAAUAUCCUGCAUCGAGUGGAGGGGUUAGAGAUUGGGCAUGUGAGCUAAGGUUACGGUAGCCAGCACGUAGCUUGCCAGGAGGAAAUUAAACUCCCACAAUUUCCAAAUGAGCUUAGAAAUAAGGAACUGUUGGUUCAUCUGCCACUGAUGAUUAACUGUCAGUUCUGGAUUUAAAUUAAUUGAACUUGUUGAUUGUGAUUUGCUGUUGAAAAAGGAAAAUUUGUUAAAAUAAUUGACUGUCAGGAAUGCAUCAAGCUCUAUUUAAAUGUUGCUCAUAGCUCUGGCACUAAGAUGUUUAUGUAUCUUACAGACAUUAGGUAACUCAAAUGAUCACACCGGCACCUUUUACUUACAGCAAUCAGAUUCAGUCCUGUUUGUGUACUAUACAAACUGUCAUGUAGGCUAUGUCAUAGGGUCCCCAGGCACCAUGGGAGGAUGUCCAGCCAGAUUUACAUUUCUAUUAAACCAUAACUUUCUGCAUUCCUAUUAACAGAGACCAAGGAGACGGCUGUGCAUAUAAUGAUAAUUGUAAGUAAUCCUCUGUCUCUACAUCUGUGUGCUCUGUUCUGGAAUCCAGGGAGAGCUCAGACUGUGUAUUUUAAAUGGAUCAAGAGAUCAUACCUAUUGCAUUGAAUUGUUGCCCCUGAUCUGGUGUCCACCUAAUUUUACUGUCAUGAUAAAUUCCACUUGAAGACAGCUGGCAAAAAAGGCCAUUCUGUACACAAUCAUCUUGUGGAAUUAUAGCUAGUUCUACUUAUCUCCAGGGUAAUGCCAUCUUUUUCAUAUUUCUUGGAGAAAUGACCAUACAACAGCCUUGCAUAUCACAAUAGCAAUUGUUUUUGUUUUUUCACUGUCAGACUGACAUGUCCAACCCAUCAAUGGUUCCAUGUUCCUUCAUUGUUUUAAGAGCACCUGAAUGCCAAAUAAACAGGCUCCACUCUGUUACACAAGCUGUAGAAUAUCAAUAUGAAAAUGGGAAUAGUUUACUUUGAUUUUAUUUCACCCUCCCAUCAGUUGCACCCAAUGAUGGGAACAUUUAACUGCUUUGACUGUAAGCCAUCAUUCAGAGUCAUCUUGCCUUUCUGUUGGGCCAUGGUACAUUCAGUGUUUUCACUUGGAAUAACUUAUCAGUCGUCUGCAGAAGUCUUCUGCGCCCUAAAUUCCAUUGUUUGAGAACAUCAUUCCUAGAAUCAGAACUCCCCUUGGUAUUGGAUGCUCUAACACUUAUUUAGGCUCUCCACCUCCAAUGAAGCCUUGGUUUGACCUGAAGGCUUUGUUGUUAAGUAAGAUAUUGGGAGAGAAGAAACAAGUUGUUUUGUGAUAAUUUAGUUCUAUUUUUAAAAUAAUGUUCUGAAGGGUACACUUUAGUUGUUUGGGUACACCUCCAAAUAAAGUCCAGCUGUUAUUAAUAUGGCUGGAAAGUUUGGAUUGCCCACUUGAGUUUAUUUAUCAAACAGGAAGUUUAUAACCAAUAAUAAGUUUAAGACAAAACUAUUGAGUGGUUGAAAAAUCUGAUGAGACGGUAAGCUUUUUUUCUACCAAAACAUAAUGAAUAGUAAUAGUACAGAUUAGGACUGUGUACUGAUCACUUUUUCAUAUUGAAUGGAUUUUAAUUGCAUGAUGCUGGCUUUUCCAUAAAGAAUACUAUGUCAAAUGCCUUGCUAUUUAUCAAUAUUUUUUAUAUUGUAUAUGGUGCCACAACUCAGUUACACGCUUUAUUCUCUCCUCACCCCCCUCCAGAAAACCUUCAAAAAGUGUUUACAGUUUAUUUCUGUGGAUUUUAUCUAGACUAAUUGCUAUCCUUGUUCAGUUCUGCCCAGAAAGAGAGGAACAGUAAUUUGGCCAAUAGCAAGGACUCUGGGCACCAGGAAUCCAGAAGUGCCUACUACUUUUUUCUGCAACGGCUAGAACUAUGAAAUUACCAUAAAGAAGCCAUUAGUGGAUAAAAUACAUAUUCUUAACACCUCAAAAUAAAAACUGCUUCCACAAUUCUGCAUAUUGUAAUUCUGCCACGGUUUUCUUUCUUGUCUGCACACUCCACAAUGGAGAGGCAGGAGUACGAGCAGUGCUAUUGCCAAGUGACAAGUUCCCAAUUUCUAGAAGCAGUCAUGUGGCUGAGCAAUACAGUCUAGCUACGUAAAUGAGAUAAACAGCCUCAUGAUAAUUGUAUUUUAUUAUUCAUUAAUAUCAUAUUUUGGAGAUAUUUUAGUGUUUUUCUAUAGCACAGCCUAUCCAAGGACAGAACUGCUUUUUUAAGAAAUUGAUCAGCUAGAACAAUGCAUGCAAAUGUCACUCUAGCUGGAUGUUCAGACACUGCCACUGAAGUUAGAGGCCAGUCUCCUAGGUCUAUUGUUUCUCCAGCCCUUCCUGCACCUAUUUUGACUAUUGUCACUGUGGCAGAGAGAUACCCAUUGUUUUCCCCAACAGUUUUUAACUGCACAAAAGAUGUCUCUACCAGCCAGCAUCUCUAAAUGUAUUUAAUAGAACAGCUGGCAUACUUUGAGUAUUCAUAUCUUAUGAAUGUUUAAUUUGUCACGCCUAUUUAAUUUUGCAAAUUUAGAUCUGGUCAGACGAGGCUACUUAUGCAUUUUCGGUAAGAACAGAUUUAAGAGGCUAAAUAGAUGCUGGCUUGGAGUGUACUCAAUGCAAAUAAAUGAACUUGUUUCUUGUAUUUUUCCAGUGUUCCUACACCUUUUAAUUCCUAGUAUUCUAAGCUCAGUACAGAUUCUCUAACUCAAGAAACGAUGAAUGUUCCAUCUUCUGUAAUAUAGUUCUAGGCCACGUGAUGCAGACUGUUUAUGAUAAGAGAAUGCUUUCUAAAUUUAAGGUUUCAGCUUCCCAAUAAAGUGACAGUUUUUGAAAAUA